CAUUAUUUUGGAUUGCCUUGGUUUGAUAUAAUUUCAGAAUUAAUGCUCUUCCAGUUUCGCGUGGGUUUGGGGUGUAAAUUAGCAGCAAGUGCAUGGAACUAGUUUCCAGCAAGAAAGUUGCUCUGAAAAGUUUUGCUGUUGCUGCUACAGCUUCCUGUGAAAACUCUCCUGUGAUUAAAAAUGCUUCCUUUGCUCCUGUGUCUGUACGAAUCCUUCAUUUCCUUCUUUAAAUUCCAGUCUAAUUAAAAAAACCAGUACAUCAUGGUUAAAUAAAACUGUACCCAGGAUAACCCUGAUUUCCAUAUGCAGAUUUAUCUGCACUGACAGCCCCCUCUUCGUCUCUUAAUCUGUUUCCUCUCACCCUCCCUUCUUUCUCUUCCCUUUUCUUUCUCUUCCUCAUCCCCUCUGUCUUUUUGUCUCUUCAUGUCUAUUGCAUUAUGCCUGAAUAAUUUUCAGCCCUGUUUUUUUUUUCUUCCUUCUUGCAUGCACAUGCUAAAACAAGUAGACAAAGAUGCAAGGUGGUUGCUGCAGUCACUGUCUCUAGGACAAAACCAAGACAGCUCGUGAUUGCAAUGCCACCUUUCCCUUUUUUUUUUUCUUUUUCUUUUUUUUUUUUUUUCCCCAGCCGUGCUCGGUGAUUAAACUUUCCCAGGAUGGGGAAGAAAGAGGAGCUGGAAAUGAAAUAGGGUUGAGGAAGAAUCCCAUUGCAGCAGCUGCAGCCAGUGGUGUGUGCUGCCAGAUGUGCUAAGCUUCCUGGGGUCCUUGACACUGAAAGGCAGUAUUAAAGUAUUUGGAGACAAAAGCUGCAUCCUCCGUGAUCAUUUUCUUUAUUUAACAUGGCAACAGGAGCCGUGUGGGGGAAAAACAACGCACUGGAUGUUGAAUUGGACUUUUCUCCUUUCUGGGAUGAGAGGAUGUUACCUAUCCCGUGCCAAGAGGCAGCUGAGGUGCAGGGGGAGGGGAAGGAAGUCUUCAAAACUAGCCCGCCAUGCGCAAUGAACAUAUGGCUGUUGCUAUCAGCACUGGUGUAUUUGCAGCGAUGCCUAUCGACAUCCACCAGAGAGCAGGGCAGCUCCAAAACCCACAUCUUUUACACUGUGGAAAUUGAUGGGUACAGCAACACAGCCAGCUUCUUGGCCAAACAACAUGGAAUGCAGUUCAUUUCAAAGGUGAAAUGGGUGAAUAUCAGACAGCUCAUUAUAGAGACAAGCACGCUGCAUUCCCAAAGUAGGUUGACAGAACAAGUCAUGAUCUUGUACAGAAGGAAAAUGAGAUCCCUGGUGAAGCCUACAAUGUCAUUGACUCUGAAGAAGGACUCAGAGACCCAUUGGUGUUUAAUGACCCUUAUUGGCCUCCACAAAAGAAACUGGUGGAUAAAGAGUCAUGGUAUUAAAGGAGAUAUUAAUCAGGCUGUUAUGAAAGAUCUGGUCAAAGGGGACAAAUGUGAUCUGGAACAUGUUCCUCUCUGGGACAGGAAACUGAUGGAGCAAAGCCCUGAGAACAUGCAGCGACACUUCAUAUUCAAUCCACAGCCCUAUAAAGAGAUGAAAAACGAGCCUUGUCCAAAGCUCUUGCCUCAGCACCAAGUGGCAAAAAUAAAAUGUGAGCUUGGGACCAGGUCUCUUUGAAGUGGAAUUUUUUCUUCUUUUGUUUAUUUUUUUUUAAACUCUGCAACAGGCCUCUGGUGGUUACAGGUAUUGAUUGUCAGAAAGUAAUCUGUUCAGGUUUGGGGGCAUGCCAGACCAAAUCCUCGAGUACAUUCCUUCCUCUCCAAGGAGAUGUUGAGCUUUUUAUACUGUCCACACUGGCUCACUUGUCAGCUGUCUAGCUUCUUUGCCUUUACCGAUUUCCCUGUUUGUGGGAAGCAUAUAAUGAAAUCUUCCUUAAAAAAAAAAAACAAAAAAAAAAUUGUAUGUUGCUACUCUAGAAUUUUCUGCCAGUGCCGAAGGUUUUUUACCCCAUGUUUUUAACCCUCAUUUUUCUUCUAUAAUCAUUAUUUGAUUCCCUCUGGCUGCCUGCUACUUAUUUGUAGUAGUACCAUUCAUCCAUUGAGACUAUUCCAUCUGUCACACAGCUUUGCUUUCUCUCCCCAGAAGCUUUCUUUUCCUACUGUGCCAUGCUUGAUUUUUUGGGCUUAGUUGGAUGUUUGUGUGCUCUUUUCUGUAUUUUAAAAAAUGCUUCAGUAUUGCAGAACAAAUACAAGAGAAGGAGAAAAACCCCUCAGAACAGCAGCAUAGCACAGGAGAAGCUCAAGACCGUAUUGUGCACACAGGCAGGAUCUGGAGACUGAGAUUCCUAAUGAAAUAAAGAAUCAACAAAUAUAGCUAGUGCCUAAAUGGUGGCCAGACUCUGCUCUCUCUGAAUUUUUGUUACCUUCAAAAUAUUUCCAGUUCUGUGUUAGGUAAACAGAUGAUACCAAGAAAUGUUGCAUUCUUUUUUCCGUACUGACUCCCUUUGCUGUAUUGUAAAGAAUGUACUGAAAACCAAACAUACUGAAGUACUGUGAAAUGCAAGAUGGGCAAAAGUCAGCUGCACAAUCCCUCAUAAGGAUCAUGCUUGUUCUGUGUGUCUUCAACUCAUGUAUUAAAUUGUGAUUGUGGUCUAAACGGGAAGUUUAUGUUUUAGUGAGAAGUAUGACAAGUGUAUCUUAGCGUUUGAUUUUACAUCUGCUCUAUAAAUCUACCUUGCAAUUGACUCAAAUCUCAGAUGCUUUGUCUUGGAGAUUUCAAACAGUUGCAUACUUCCAGAAUAUAUUCUGAGUCUGUCUUUAUUAAUUUUCUUGUCUUUUCCUCUUACACUUCUCAUUGUAUCUUCUCAUGAUAUGUUUCAAAAGUUCCUGCAAGUUUACUGUGAAUCUUAGGAUUAAUAAAAAAGUUUGUGAUGUGUUCUGGAUAAUCCUUUUCCAGUAGAAACACCUUCACUCCUCAUAAAAUUAUUUCUCUGGCUAUUUGGGAAAUACUGAUAGUCUCCAAGCAAAUAGAAAAGCUGUGAGUGUAUCCUGACUUUAAUGGCAAUCCCCAGAAAGUUCUCUUUUCUACCAGCUACUUGGUUGCACUGUUCUGACAGUGAAGUGUGGGGAAAAAAAAAUCAGAAGUUUCUGUUUACGCUUUUAUUGGCAGAUGUCUAAAAAUGGAGAUAUUUUACAAAAAUUAAAAUCGUAUUUGUAAAGUCUUGUUCUUGCGAUAGCAAGUGCAAUUCAGACCCACUUCUUAGUUUACCUGAACUUUAUGUUGUUUUGGAAAGGAAUGGUUCCUUUUCUAGGAUAAUUUAUGGGAAAGAAAAUGGAUAAGAAGGGGGAAGGGGCAGGAAUGGGAGAGAGAGAAACAGGUCCCUCUGUCCAUCCUCACCAUUGAAAACUUUUCUGUGUUUCACCCUAAGAAUAAAUGAUUGAAAAAUAAAAAAGCUCAAAGUGACUUUUUACUUUUUUUUUUUUGUCUGUUUGGUUUUUAUUUGUUUUUUGUUCUGAUUCCAAAUUUUAUGGUUCCAGUGCAGGAUCAAAGUAUACCUAUGUCAUUCAUGUUUGUCCUAAGUGCUCUGAAAGACCCUCGCUGGGUGAAAUUUCAUUGUUGCCCACGGUAUGUAGUCCAGUGCUUCAUUACAACUACUUUUCCUUGCAUAAAUUUGAAUCUGUUGUUUCCUCUUUCACCCAAAAUGGGCCUGUUAAAUAGCUUAUUCUCUUCCAUACUGCAGCCAGUGCACAAAUGCCUCCUUUCAUUUUCAUUGGUUAAAGGUUAAAUAUGCCCGGUUCCUUCAGGCUUUUCUUGCAGGAUGACGAUUUUCCACUGUGCUCCAGCUGGUCCACUUUUCUCCAGCAUGAGCACUCAAGUACAUGCAAACCUUCAGAUGACACUUCCUGGGCUAGACAGAGAGAUAAUCUCACCUGCCUUGCAGAUGUUGCUAGGUUUUUUCUUGCACAUCCCAUUUCUUGACAUUCUCCUUUUGACCAAUUACAUGAAGUAGGUAGGGGAGGUGUUCGAGGGCUGCUGCCUGCCCGUCAUUUUCCUUUUGUGGUUCAUCACUUGUAUUUAUUGGGUUUUUUAACCUUUCCCCUUUUAUUUUAUUGUAUCCCCUUGUUUUUUCCCCCAUUAUUGUUAUCAUUAGUAGUAUUAUAUUGUACUUCAGCUUUUAAACUGUUCUCAUCUCAACCCAUGGGUUUUUCAUGUCUUUGAUUCUCCUCCCCAUGCCGCCUGGGGAGGGAAAAGGUGGGAGGGUAAGCGAGCUGCUGCAUGGUGCUGAUUUAUGGGAUGGGUUUAAACCACAACAAGCCUGCACCCAGAAUUGCUGAUCAAAUUUAUUUUAUAUGUUUCUUCAUGCAGAACUUAACAAUUCUAAAUCCUCACUAAUGUCUGAAAGUAACGCAAUUGAUGACAGUGGUCUGGACACAAGAAGAACUUUAUCUUCAAAAGUAUGAUCAAGUAGGCUCUUUUUACAUGGGGGAAAUAUUUUUCCUAUUUUUCAAUAGGAGUGCGUACGAUCCUUUGUCUACAGUACUAAUUUGAAAAUCUAAUUCUGCAUUUGCAGCUAACACUUUUUUGUCUCUGUCUCCUACAAUGGACUGGAGUGGCUCUACCUGUUAAUAGAAGAUUUUGUUUUAAAGAAGUUACUGCUUGUUUUUUUCUUCCUUCCUCCUUCAUGCCAUCACUUUAAGGCUUAAGAACCAUAGACCAGAAUUCCUGUGUUAAAUGAAUAUAUUUGACAGGAGUUAAGUCUUUUGGGCGUUGCAGUAGGUUUUCCUCAUCUUGGCAUGUGAAGACUGAAAGUGUUCUUUGACACCAGCAGCAGAGGAUGUGAGCACAGCAACUUUCAGGGCAUCAGAAGUGUCAGCAUAAGGAAAAAUCAGCAGAAGUAGACAGUGUUGAGGUAAUUUUCCCACACCAUGCCAUGAAUUUAGCCAACUCCUGCUCCUGUGAAUUCUGGGCUGGCAGAGUUUCCUUCUUUGUUGCUAAAUAUCACAUAAAGUGUUCUGUCAGCAUCAAGACUUGUUCAGUCCCUUAUGUAGUAAAAUAAAAAUAUAAUUCCUAUGCCCAUGUUUGAAAUCUGAGCACAAGUUAAAUUAAAAAAAAAAAAAAAAAAGUAAACCUUUCCAACAGGCCAAGACUGUAUUUUGGAGGUUCAUAUUUCAGAACAUCAUGUAGUCAAUGCUGUCGAGAAGAGCUGAAGGCGAAAGAUAUGUAGGGCACAAGUUCUAAAAAUUGAAAAUCUUACUGCCAUUAAAAUGCAUGGGAUUUCUGCCAGUUGCCAUAGACAUCAGUGGCAGCAGCAUCCUGCUAUUUUUUAAUGUUUUUCUUUCCGCUUUCCUCAUCUUUUUAUUUAUUUUUGAAUCCUAAGAAAAUGAAGUAAAACAUACAUUACUAGAAUGGAUUCCUUUAUGCUUUAUAUCUUAGAUCUCCUAAUAUUGUUAGGAUUGCAAUUAUUUACUUAUGCACCAAAUUUUAUAGUGAUUAUUAGAGCCUACAGCCAAGAAAAAAUCCUAGUUACAGUUAGGAUAGAGAUAUCUGAUCUUAAAAGUCGUGAUAAAUUUGGUGAUUGCCCUGAGUUCUGCACCCAGCUGGGUAUUUGUUAAAAUACUUAAGGGCAAAAGUGUUUGAAAGGCUGGGCUCUCUUUUUGUGUAGAACAAACAUCAAGCAAGAAAGUGAAAGCUCUCAAUCACCAGAGAGCUUCCAGUUUUAGCAUGGGUUUGAAAAGGAAUAUUUCUGCACCUGAAGAUUUUCACAUAUAUGCCACACCGGGGAACUAUGACUGCACUAUAUUUGUUUGCACAGGAUUGUUUCUUCUGUUUUUCUUGUUCUAGUUAGAAUUUCUAGCAUCUUUUGUAAGUGAUAUUUUGCAUGCAGCCUGGAUGCAUUAUUAUUGCUGAGCUGUGCACCAUGGUCUUCUCAAUGAAGUACACUUAGAAGUGAAGGGAACUGCUACAUGGAUGCAAAUGCCUUAGAGGAAGUAGAAGCUAGAAGUGACAAAGGGCUGAAAAGAUCUUUGAAGAAAUCCCCCCCCCCCCCUUCCUUUCAUGUUCAACAAAUGUCCGUCAGUCAUAAUUAUUGCUGGUUCUUUUCAUGCUUCAGCAGCAAAGAUGUACAGAGAGGUUCUUCUCCACCCUCCAUCCCAGCCACUGCCUGUGGGACCAACUGAUGCCCAGGAACUUUCCUCUCUGUCAGGGUUUGUCGCUGACACUUGUCAAGAGCAAAAUGUCAACACUGGGCUUGGGAAUCAAGAUAUCAGCAAUAACCUGGCUGGCUCCCUUGGGAACUUCUGGGUGGCUAUUUCUAAAAUUACAUCUCCAUUCCUGUAGGACCCUACUUGAGAAAAGUAUUGACUGAAAAGCUUCAAGAAACACAAAGGCUUUGACUGUACUCAAAACAGUAAAACAUCAGAGUUGGAAAUGACUCUACCCAGUAUGAAAAGAAAGUGCUUAAUGUAUUUUUUCCAGGUGCCUGACCAUUGCCUAGAGCUCAAUCUUUGUCACUUGAAUUUAUCAGAAUAAAGAAUGUCCUUCUAUAGGAAAGAGGAAUCCUGAGUUUCUCCUUUCACUCCUCUCUCAGUCAAUGCUUCAACUCCUGUACAAGUAGAUGCAUUUAAAAAAAAAAAAAAAAAGUAAAAA